CUCGGGUGCAAAGUUUGCUCGCCCGGCGCCUGCGGAGGGAGCGGCGGCGGCGCGGGGGGAGCGGAGCGCAGCGGAGCGGCCGAGCGUUCGGGGCUCCGACCGCCCGCCGCGCUCCUCGCGCCCCCGCCGGGCAGCCGAGAUGUGCGGGGGGAUGGCGGCGCCGGGUCCGGGCGGGCCGCGGUGCUGGCAGAACCGGCGGGUGCGGCUGUUGUGCAUGCUGGCGCUCACCUUCCUGUUCUUCGUGGUGGAGGUGGCGGUGAGCCGCGUCACGUCGUCGCUGGCCAUGCUCUCCGACUCCUUCCACAUGCUCUCCGACGUGAUGGCCCUGGUCGUGGCGCUGGUGGCCGUGCGCUUCGCCCAGCGCACCCGCGCCACCAAGAAGAACACGUUCGGAUGGGUGCGGGCCGAGGUGAUGGGCGCCCUCGUCAACGCCGUGUUCCUCACCGCCCUCUGCUUCACCAUCCUGCUGGAGGCCAUCGAGCGCUUCACGGAGCCCCACGAGAUCCAGCAGCCUCUGGUGGUCAUCUCCGUGGGGGUGGCGGGGCUCAUCAUCAACCUGCUGGGGCUCUGCCUGUUCAACCACCACGGCGUCGGGGGCCACGGGCACGCCCACGGCCACGGGCACUCGCACGGCGGCCGGCAGCAGCAUCCCCGCGGCGGCUCCAAGUCCGAGCAGCCGCCCGGGGACGGGGAGGCUGCGCUGCACCGCGAGGAGACCAGCACCUUGGUGGAGAAGUGCAGCAGCUCCAACGGAGUCAACCAGGAGAAGCUGGGUGAUAUGAAAGAUGACAUAAAUGACCUUCAAGUGAAUGGGAAUGCUGGCCAUUAUUCUCUGGAUGAAGAGGAGGUUGAAGAAGACUCUAGUGCACAACUUAACAUGCGUGGAGUUUUUCUGCAUGUUUUUGGAGAUGCCUUAGGUUCAGUAAUUGUGGUAGUGAAUGCCUUGCUCUUUUAUGGGUUGUGGAAUCCAUGCCCCGAAGAUAGGCCUUGCUUUAAUCCAUGUGUCAAUGAUCAUUGCAUGGAAAAUGCUACUUUAUCCCAAGCAUUUGGCAGAGUUAACACAACCGUGCCAGAGGGCAUUAUGGUGGCUGGUCCUUGCUGGUUGCUAUAUUUAGAUCCUGUCCUUUGCUUGAUUAUGGUCUGUAUACUCCUUUACACAACUUACCCAUUACUUAGGGAGUCAGCCCUUAUCCUUCUACAGACUGUUCCCAAACAAAUAGAUGUUCAUUCUUUGAACUCUAAGUUACGUACCCUCGAAGGAGUUGAAGCAAUCCAUGAAUUACACAUUUGGCAGCUAGCAGGCAGUAGGAUCAUUGGCACUGCUCACAUCAAGUGUCCUGACCCUUCCACAUACAUGAUGGUGGCGAAGCGCAUCAAAGAGAUCUUUCACGACGAAGGGAUUCAUGCAACUACUAUUCAGCCUGAGUUUGCCAGCGUUGGCUCCGAGUCAGGGAGAGUGAGAUGCGAGUUGCCUUGCAGGACUCAGUGUGCUUUGAAGCAGUGUUGCGGAGCAGGAGAAGAUAGUACUGCAAAGAAGACAGAAAAAUCCUCGUCAGUUAGUAUUACUUGUUCAGAAGUUGUAAUUGAUUUUCCGAAGACAAGGAGGACUAAGUCGGAGAGCAUCCCUUCAGUGAAGCUGGAGGCGAACAUCGAUCAAAAUGAGCAGUUUGAGUCAUCUUUGUAACUCCCUGAAGGGUGCUACACCUGAGUUGUGACUUUGUCAACAGCUGUGUUUGCAAGAGGAAGAGACAGAUGUUUGAGAUGCAAUUUUGCCAAGUAGUGUAAUUGCUGAAGUCGUUGUUCUUGUCAUAUUGCUAAAUAUAGAAUGCUUCUUUUAAAGAAUAUAAUGUCACUGUCAUGAUACAAUGUGUUUGUGUUGACUUUGUUUGACUGAGACAGACAGAAAGUGCACCGAUGCUGUAACACUCAGAAAACUAGUUGCAACAUUUCAGCAGAGACACUUUUUGCUGUGCUUCAAAUUAAGAUACUAUUUUCCAGUGAAAAGGUAUUUGAGGGAUAAGCAUGUAGGAACUCAAUUUGUGUUACAGAUUUCUUGGACCUACUUUUUCCUUUAAUAUUUGAUUUGUAGAUACUUUAAUAUAUUGUUUAUUUAGAAGCCCUAAGAAAACCAAAGUUCAUAGAACAUUUUUAAAGAUAUAACUUCUAAAAACUGGAAACCACUUUGCUGUUUCACAUAUUUUUCUUAAAGCUAUGUAAUGUGAAGGCUUUUCUAGUGAAUUUAUCGCACAGCAUAUUUUAAAGAGAACAUCAUGUAAUUGUCAGAAAUUGUCCCCUCUUCUUCUGGUAAGGUAGUGAGGUAAUUGAAAACAACAGAUGUGGAAGGGGUUUUUUUCAGUAUGGCAGUUUUGAAUGGCAGUUCAAGUGUGAUCAAGACAUGAGACGGGUGGAUAAAGUAGUGCAGACUUUGACAUUUUACAGAUUUUCUGCUGUUUUCCCUUACUUCCAAGUUGUGUCUGGUCAUGAAAGUCUUUGAGGUUUAAAGAAUCCUCGACUCAACAGUGCUAUGAAUAAAGAGCUGRAGCUUUAUAUUUAGCUGAUGCUGAGUUUACUAAGAUAAAAUAAUUAGUCAUGCCAAUAAGUGCUCUGUCGGGGAAGGUCUGCCGAGUAGCGACAGUAUAACUCAUGCUUUCAAGCACAGACAGCAGCUCCCCAACAACUAAUGUAAUGGUGCAUUUUGCUUCUAGCUGAGUGUGUGUGUAAACACUUGCAGUGGCUGCAGUCCUGGUCCCUGCUGUGUCCUCAGAAGCCCUCCACUGACUUUUGAGGAAGUUGGGCAGGGAGUAAGCUUUCAUUCACUGUAUUUCACACUUUGAGAUGUUUAUGUAUCACAUAAUUUCACUUAUUCAGUGGUCAAAUCUAUGGUUAAAAUCUUGACUCAGUUAAUUGACAACUGGCUCUAAAAAAGUUGUUGCAGUAUGCUGCCAACUUGCACCUUUAGGACAGGAGAAAUUGCUCUGUGGACUCUGAAUUUGGCAGAGACUAGAUGAGAGUUGAAAGAUAAAACAUACAGUAAAUCUAGUGUAAAACCCUGACCCUUUUGAUCCACUCUCAUGUUAUGUAUGGGAACUAAUGUCUUGUGAUUAAUGGAUGGCUACUAUGUGCAAAACUGGAAAACAACUCAGAUCUUCCAUUGUUUGCUCUAUGACUCUGGACAUGAUAAACACUUUGCCUCAGUUUCCCUGUCUUCAAAUAGGGAUAAUACCUACCUCACAGGGGUGUUGUGAGGCUUAACUCUUGUGUGAAGAGCUCUGAGAUCUGUUACUGGAAGGCACUAGAAAGAGUAUAAUAUCUGGCAUUUGCUACUUCUGCAAAUGUAUUGCAAUACCUAGGCACAACCAGAGGGAAUUGAGGAUAGUUUUGGCCUUAUGAAAUUCUUUGAUGCUGUGGUUUUCAGGUUUUUACCAGUAUUUAAAUGUAGAUUUUUUAAAAAAGAAUGUUUUGUUAGUGAAGGGAAUGUAGCUUUGCCUCCAGAUACAGAACACCUCCCUAGUUUGCAUUUCUAAUUUGUGUCUUGCAUCAUAAUUGCUCCUAAAUAGUACAAAAUAGUCCCGCUGCUCAUCGGACCUGGAUUGGCCCAAGUCAUGUCAGUGGUCUUAGCCAAGCUCUCAGCAGCACGUUGCAGUCAACUCUCGAUUAUCCAUGGGUGGAUUCCCAGUGUCGUGCAUUAGCCGUGUGGUCUGCGGAGCCAAGACCAGCCCCAUGUCUCACACCGUGCUCUGGCCAAAGGCUGUGUGCCAAAGCACGGGCAAGGAGGUGCUGGCUCUGCUUCCAGGGAGCCCCAUCGCAGGGUGCCUUGCCUGGCUGYAGCACAGCACUGCCCGGGGGUUUUGCCUCUGGGCUGCUUGGAUGCAUCCACAGGAAGCUGAGGGGCAUGGAUGGGUCAGCGUGGCUUUGUGCUGGCUUGGGGAUGUUGGUGCUUCGCAGCUACCAGCAUUACUCACCUUAUUCUGUCUUUAUGCUUGUUGUAUAGUCUCAUAAACUAACUUAAAUGUAUUAAUAUAGUAUUUAUAUAUGUUUUUGUUCCAUCUGAGUUACCUUAACUCUUUUUCUGUUACCUGUAUAUGAUCUAGAGUUGACUGUUAAAUGAGAUCUUGUAUGAGACUAUGUUUGCAGAGUAUGCUACCACUGCUACUAUACUACAGAGUAUUAACCAAGUAAAUUUUGAAAUUAACAAAAUACUAUUUUUUUAAAAAUGUGUAUCUUUGCUUUCUGUGGUGAACUUUCACUAAUUAGUKUCAUCACUAGUUUAAGAUUGGUUGCAAUCAUUAGUAUGAAUAUAUUGCUGUAUAUCACUAACGCACCAUAGAACUACUACUCUUUAGUUUAUUUAACAAAAUACCAACAAAUCAAACCGUGGUAGCACUCAGAAGCCUGAUUGACUUCUCUCCUGUUGCUCUUAUAAAAAGAGGGCAGCUAUUUAAUCAUAACAAUUACCAUCAGUGGUUAAUAGUCUCAGUAAAUGCAUCUGAAUAGAUGGAGYUGUAGUCACUAAUCCAGUUUUAAACUAUUUAAUCUUUUUUUGUGUGUGUCAGAAGUAAUAUUUUUCUAUUUCUGUGUCCAUUGCAGGCAAUGACUAUCUAAAAAGACAAAAAGCUCUCCUGUUCAUUAUUUUAAAUAUUAGGAUAGGAUGUAGAGGUGAUGAUGAUGGGGGCAGAAGGGGGAGUUSUGUGGCCUCUCUGUCAUGUGCCCUKUUGCACAUGCAGUGCCAGCUGAUGUUACCAGAGCCUUUUWGUCUCCUUAGCCCUCGAUGCUAAACUCCCUGAAAGCACAGAGUGAGGACAAGGUGGUGGCUGUGCAGCAGGAGGAAUGCAAUUUCUCUGUCCUGGCUGUAGGAGACCUGACUGUAGCCCGCUAGCUUUUGAAAUAGCUUGAUUUUUUUUUUUUUUUCACUGAAAUGUCUGGGGUUAUACAGACUUAAUUUGUUCUGAAGAUUGCAGUUUAAUAAUAAGAGCAUUCAAAAACACUGCACAGUCUUUCUCUUUUUUUUUUUUUUCCCACAAAGCAUGAAACUAGUGAAUCUCAUGUAAGUGAACACUGCAGUGGUGGGGAGCUAAUUGUAUUGUGUAUCACAUUCCUGAAUUUUUAAAAUAAAAACAAUUACAGAACACUGGUUUAAAGGAAAAAUAA